CGUCACGCCUCCUGUUGGCGGGACUGACGGGGGCCCUGAAAGAUGUCUUCCUUCGUGACCGAGGUUCUCGUUUCGGCGGGAAAGCUGGAGAAGGAGGACUUAUCGACGAAAAUCAGCAAACUCUCUCGGCGCGUCGACGAGGUCAAGGGAGAGGUGUUCGACCUGGUGGCCAAAAAGUUCGAGACUUUCUCUCCCACCCUCGUCUCGUCCGAAGCCCUCGCCGCCCAGGUGCAGGGCGUCUGCAAUGACCUCGACUCCCUGCGAGACAGAGUUCAGCAGCAGGUGCGCAGGGAGGCUCACAACGCCAUCACGGAGUUCUCGAGCCUUCGCGAGCAGCUGGAGAGCACCAACGCGGUGCUGUGCACGCUCAAGCAGCUGCACAAGGUUUACCAGUGCCUGGAGGGCUCGAGAGAGGCGUUGGGCGCUCAUAAAUAUCUGCUGUCUGCAAGAAGACUCCUCAAUGGCCAGCGUGCCACGCUGCGUCUGCAGGAGGAUCUUGGCAGGGACGUGCGGCUGCUGGAGGCCGUGCAGUCUGAGCUGGUGACGCAGCGAGAGAACCUCAUCAACCACCUCAACGACGAGUGGAGGCAGCGCGUGGUGUGGGCCGUGCCUACCGGCAAGGAGCAGCCCAGCGUGGAGCAGUGUCUGCACACGCAGCUUCGCCUGCUGGGACCGCCGGGCAUCACCCGUGACGAGUCCAAGGGUAGAGAGCCACCCCCCUCCUCCUCCUCCUCCCCCUUCGUCGUCUCCACCACCACCACCGCCACGUCGUCGUCGCCGCCAUCGUCGCUGGCCGCCAUCCUCGCCGCCUACGCCGCGCUGGGGCUCCUGCACAAGAAGCUGAGACGAUUCGUGGAGCUUCUACACUCCUUCGUUCUGCGUCCCCUCGUCGUCUUCCCGGGUCUGGCCGUGAGCGCGGCCGACGGAACCCUGAGCCUCGUCUCCUCGUCCACCUCCUCCUCCGUGUCAUCCUCCACCUCGUUGGACCCAGCCCGCACCUUCGCCGCUCUCCUCCAAGCGCUCACGUUUGUCCACCAGCACAUGCUGGCCGUUCCCCCAAACGAGCCCGUCCUCGUGAGCAACGGGGACGGUGAUAGGGAUGACGACGAUGAUGACGAUGGCGGUGACGAUGUUGGCGGCGACGGCGAUGGCGACAGCGGCGAUGGUGGCGAUGGGGGCGUGGCAUCCGUAAUGGGCUCGCUGCUGUGGGAGCCUCUGUGUGAGACGCUCAUCCAGCACUGCCUCCUCGCCAGCGUUCCCUCGGACAGCGCCGGGCUACAGGCCUACACGGAGGUCAUCGACGCCACCGGCUCGUUUGAGCGCUCGCUGCUGUCCCUGGGGCUGCUGUCGAACGAGUCGACGGCGCUGCUGUCGUACGCCCGCGACGUCAACGCCCACUUCUCCGGCAAGAAGUGCCGUGACGGAGUGACGCGUGCUCGCUCGCUCAUGACCGCCCCGCUGCACGACACCGUCAAGGUCUCGGACGUUCUGGACGUCGUCUUCGCCGGCCCCUCGGCCGAAGCCGUGGCGACGGUGGUGGGCGGUGUCCCCGGCGGCGGUGGCGGCGGCGGUGAGGCGCGGUGUCCCGGCAGAGGGGGCGGUGGCGGUGAGGGCGCGGUGCGUAGGGAGGCUCACAACGCCAUCACGGAGUUCUCGAGCCUUCGCGAGCAGCUGGAGAGCACCAACGCGGUGCUGUGCACGCUCAAGCAGCUGCACAAGGUUUACCAGUGCCUGGAGGGCUCGAGAGAGGCGUUGGGCGCUCAUAAAUAUCUGCUGUCUGCAAGAAGACUCCUCAAUGGCCAGCGUGCCACGCUGCGUCUGCAGGAGGAUCUUGGCAGGGACGUGCGGCUGCUGGAGGCCGUGCAGUCUGAGCUGGUGACGCAGCGAGAGAACCUCAUCAACCACCUCAACGACGAGUGGAGGCAGCGCGUGGUGUGGGCCGUGCCUACCGGCAAGGAGCAGCCCAGCGUGGAGCAGUGUCUGCACACGCAGCUUCGCCUGCUGGGACCGCCGGGCAUCACCCGUGACGAGUCCAAGGGUAGAGAGCCACCACCCUCCUCCUCCUCCUCGUCCCCCUUCGUCGUCUCCACCACCACCGCCGCCACGUCGUCGUCGCCGCCAUCGUCGCUGGCCGCUAUCCUCGCCGCCUACGCCGCGCUGGGGCUCCUGCACAAAAAGCUGAGACGAUUCGUGGAGGCUCUACACUCUUUCGUUCUGCGUCCCCUCGUCGUCUUCCCGGGUCUGGCCGUGAGCGCGACCGACGGCACCCUGAGCCUCGUCUCCUCAUCCACCACCUCCUCCGUGUCAUCGUCCACCUCGUCGGACCCAGCCCGCACCUUCGCCGCUCUCCUCCAAGCGCUCACGUUUGUCCACCAGCACAUGCUGGCCGUUCCCCCGAACGAGCCCGUCCUCGUGAGCAAUGGGGACGGUGAUAGGGAUGACGACGAUGAUGACGAUGGCGGUGACGAUGGUGGCGGCGACAGCGACAGUGGCGAUGGUGGCGAUGGGGGCGUGGCGUCCGUAAUGGGCUCCCUGCUGUGGGAGCCUCUGUGUGAGACGCUCAUCCAGCACUGCCUCCUCGCCAGCGUUCCUUCGGACAGCGCCGGGCUGCAGGCCUACACAGAGGUCAUCGACGCCACCGGCUCGUUUGAGCGCUCGCUGCUGUCCCUGGGGCUGCUGUCGAACGAGUCGACGGCGCUGCUGUCGUACGCCCGCGACGUCAACGCCCACUUCUCCGGCAAGAAGUGCCGUGACGGAGUGACGCGCGCUCGCUCGCUCAUGACCGCCCCGCUGCACGACACCGUCAAGGUCUCGGACGUUCUGGACGUCGUCUUCGCCGGCCCCUCGGCCGAAGCCGUGGCGACGGUGGGGGGCGGUGUCCCGGCGGCGGUGGCGGCGGCGGUGAGGCGCGGUGUCCCGGCAGAGGGGGCGGUGGCGGUGAGGCGCGGUGUCUCGGCAGAGGGGGCGGUGGCGGUGAGGCGCGGUGUCCCGGCAGAGGGGGCGGGCGGCCCGGGGCUGUCCCCGGCGACCCUGCGCAUGCCGCGUUGCCGCAUCAGCCGAUCGGCGCGAGACCUCGUCCUGCUCGCUCACGGCAUCCUCACCGAAGCCUGCAGCAGCCAGGGGCCCUGCGCCGCUCAACUAUUCUACGCUGUCCGAAACAUCUUCCACCUCUUCUGCGACGUCGUGCCAACUUACCACCGGGAGUCUCUGCAGAACUUCCCGCAGGUGGCCGCCAUCCACCACAACAACUGCAUGCUGCUGGCGCACUACCUGCUCACGCUGGGCCACCAGUACCACGCGCGGCUGCCCUUCUCGCUCUCCGAGGGCACCACCACCUUCGUCGACCUCGUGCCCGCCUUCCGCAAACUCGGGGCGGAGGCGCUGCUGGGCCAGCUGCGCUCCCAGAAGGCCGUGCUGCACGAGUCGCUGGGCGUCGCUCGGGGAUUCCGCAGCCUGGAGGACGACGGAAACUACGCGGCGGCGCAGAGGAGCGUCAAACAGGUGUUGCACCAGCUGAGCCGCCUGGGCGUGGUGUGGCAGGGCGUGCUGCCCGUCAACGUCUACUGCAAGGCCUUGGGCACCCUGCUCAACACGGCACUCACGGAGAUCACCGCCGCCGUGGCAGCCCUGGAGGACAUCUCGGCAUUGGACGCCGACCGGCUUCACGCGUUGUGCUCGGAGGUCGCCACCUCCGCCCCCGCGGCCUUCCGCCCGUGGUCGGAGGAGGAGGAGGAGGAAGGGGGGGAGGAGGGGGGCGAGGAGGAGAGGGCGCGGGAGGAGGAGGAGCGGGGGCUGCGUCUGCGGCUGCCGCUGCACGUGGCCGCGUGGGGGAGGUUCGCGGAGCUCCGGGGCCUCCUGCAGGGCACGCUCAGCGACAUCGUCGAUAGGUGGGCUGACGGCAAGGGUCCGCUGGCGCAGGAGUUCUCCCCGAGCGAGGUGAAGUCGCUCGUGCGAGCGCUCUUCCAGAACACCGACCGGCGCGCAGCUGCCCUCAACAAGAUCAAAUAGUGGGGGGCAGGGGGGGGG